GGACACCUGGCUUCAUGAGAAUUUCCUGAGCUGGUGUCAGCUGCCAAAGGCACUGGGGAACUCACCAGGAGGGGACGGACGGACCUAGGGGCCAGCAAGAUGGCGGACGAAACAUUAGCUGGGCUGGAUGAGGGAGCCUUGCGGAAGCUGCUGGAGGUCACAGCAGAUCUGGCAGAGCGGCGGCGCAUCCGCUCAGCCAUCCGGGAGCUGCAGCGGCAGGAGCUGGAGCGCGAGGAGGAGGCCCUGGCAUCCAAGCGCUUCCGUGCCGAGCGGCAGGACAACAAGGAGAACUGGCUGCACUCUCAGCAGCGGGAGGCUGAGCAGCAGGCUGCUCUGGCACGGCUGGCAGGACGGCUGGAGUCCAUGAGUGAUGUGGAGGAGCUGACUACACUGCUGCGAGGCGCUGCUGAGUACGAGGAACGCAAGCUGAUCCGAGCCGCUAUCCGCCGCGUACGGGCCCAGGAGAUUGAGGCCGCCACAUUGGCUGGAAGGUUGUGCAGCGGGCGUCCCAACAGUGGCUCAAGAGAGGACAGCAAGGGGCAGGCAGCACACAGGCUGGACCGGUAUGAGGUGCCGAAGCCAGAGGAACAGGAGCAACAGGCAGAGGUCCCAGAGCCAACCCCGACCCCCAGUGGCACCAGCCAUGAUGUGACCACAGUGACACUACUGCUUCGGGCCCCACCUGGGGGCACACCCAGCUCACCUGCCUCAGCCGACAGUUCACCCACCACUACCUCUCCUGAGCCUCCACCGGAGCCUGCCGAGGCCCCAUACCCUGCCACUGAGGCUCUGGGCGGCCCCAAGCCACCUCCCAGCCCGCCCAGGGCUGCCAGCCCUGAGCCCCAGGAGCCUCCAGCCACCCCCAGCACGGAGGGGCAGGUGGUCAACAAGCUCCUGCCUGGCCCCACAGAGCCCCCUGCUGCCCACGGCCCUACCAAAGGUCCCUCUGACACCAAGAGAGCAGACCUGGCUGGCCCUCGCCCCUGCCAACGCUCCCUGUCUGUGCUGAGCCCCCGCCAGCCAGUCCAGAACCGAGAGCCCACCCCCCUUGCCAGUGGACCUUCCUCGUUCCAGCGGCCUGGCUCCGUACGGGACCGUGUGCGCAAGUUCACAUCCGAUUCUCCUAUGGCUGCUGGGCCCCAGGAAGGCCCACUCCGGGCAGCCCAGGGUCCCUCGACCCCUGCAAGGCUCCCAGGCUCCUCCCGCAUCAGCACCACCCCUGCCUCCUCCUCCAGGGGCCCCUCCUCACAGGGCACCAGUGACACCUCCUCCCAGUUCAACAAGGAUCAGCGAAGAACAGCCCGGCCCCUGGCCCAGCUUCAGAGCUGCUCCAGGGAGGAGGGCCCCAGGGGGCGGAGCUUGGCUGUCAGGCCCCUUGAAAACAGAGCAGGGGGGCCCAUGGCCCGCUCAGAGGCGCCCAGUGCCCCGCUAGCUGUGGCCGUGGGCACUGCUGAGCCAGGGGCCAGUAUGAAGACCACAUUCACCAUCGAGAUCAAGGAUGGCCGGGGCCAGGCCUCCACAGGCCGGGUGCUGCUGCCUACAGGCAACCAGAGGGCAGAACUGACGCUGGGGCUGCAGGCGCUCCCCACCCUCCUUAGCACCAGCAGUGGGGGCAAGAGCACCAUCACGCAUAUCAGCAGCCCUGGGAACCUGGCUCGGCUGGGCAGUGUCACUCACGUCACCAGCUUCAGCCAUGCCGCCCCUGGUAGCCGAGGAGGCUGCAGCAUUAAGGCGGCCGAGGAUGCUGGGACCCCUGUGGCCCACCCGCCUGCCUUCAGCACCCGCCGCCGCUCCUCUGCAAGCCUUGCCCACAGCGGCAGUCUCAUGGAGCCAGAACCGGCAGAGUCCCCCUCUGCAGCAGUGGAGGUGGCCAAUGGUGCCGAGCAGACCCGCAUGGACAAAGCACCAGAGAGGCGGAGCCCUCUGAGCGCCGAGGAGCUGAUGGCCAUUGAGGAUGAGAGUAUCCUGGACAAGAUGCUGGAUCAGACUAUGGACUUUGAGGAGCGGAAGCUCAUCCGGGCUGCGCUACGUGAGCUCCGACAAAGGAAGAGAGACCAGCGGGACAAGGAACGGGAACGGCGGCUGCAAGAGACACGGGCCCGGCCAGUGGAGGGCCGUGGCAACACGGCCACCAAGACCACCACGCGACACAGCCAACAGACAGCCGACGGCUCAGCUGUCAGCACUGUCACCAAGACUGAGCGGCUCGUCCACUCCAAUGAUGGCAGACGGACGGCCCGCACCACCACGGUGGAGUCGAGUUUUGUGAGGCGCUCAGAGAAUGGUGGUGGCAGCACCAUGAUGCAAACUAAGACCUUUUCCUCUUCAUCAUCCAAGAAGAUGGGCAGUAUCUUCGACCGAGAGGAUGAGGCCAGCCCACGGCCCGGCAGCCUAGCGGCGCUGGAGAAACUCCAGGCAGAGAGGAAGAAAGAGCUGAUGAAGGCACAGAGCCUGCCCAAGACCUCGGCCUCCCAGGCGCGCAAGGCCAUGAUUGAGAAGCUGGAGAAGGAAGGCGCCACGUGCAGCUCUGGCGGACCCCGCGCAGCUGUGCAGCGCUCCAGCAGCAUCGGUGUCCCCAGUGCCAACAGCAUCAAGCAGAUGUUGCUGGACUGGUGCCGAGCCAAGACGCGUGGCUACGAGCAUGUGGACAUCCAGAACUUCUCCUCGAGUUGGAGUGACGGGAUGGCCUUCUGUGCCCUGGUGCACAACUUCUUCCCUGAAGCCUUCGAUUAUGGGCAGCUCAGCCCACACAACCGGCGCCAGAACUUCGAGAUGGCCUUCUCAUCCGCCGAGAUGCUGGUGGACUGCGUACCCCUCGUGGAGGUGGAGGACAUGAUGAUCAUGGGCAAGAAGCCCGACCCCAAGUGCGUUUUCACCUACGUGCAGUCGCUCUACAACCACCUGCGGCGCCACGAGCUGCGCCUGCGUGGCAAGAAUGUCUAGCUUCCCCGCCGCCCGCAAGGCCGCAGUGGCAAGCUGCCCCCACCAUCCAGGCACCGUCCCCUCCCUGUGCGCCUGGCCACCGCUGCCCUGUCUGUUGCGACACCUUCCCACGCAUACACACGCAGCGUUUUGAUAAAUUAUUGGUUUUCAACGA